AAUGAUCGCUUUAAGUUCCUCAUCUUCCUACCGAAUAACCGAUUUAAUCUGGACGAAAUUGAGGAUGAUCUGAAAAAGGGGGAGUUUAACUGGAAGAUGGCUCAAAGUGAUCAGGAUUACGAGCAAAUUGAACUUUCACUGCCCAAAUUUAAAGUUGAACAUCAAAUUAAUCUAAAGCCCGUCCUCAGUUGGCUUGGCGUGCGGCGUCUUUUUGACCAAGGCAGUGCUGAGCUGGCAGGUAUAAGUUCCGAUCAGAGGCUCUACGCUAGAGAGGCCAAGCAGGUAGCGGUAAUGGAGGUGAAUGAGGCCGGCGUCAAAGCAGCAGCCGUCAGUGGCAUUGCAAUAGUACCAAUGUCCCUUCCUCCACCAGCUGUUGCCUUCAUCGUCGAUCAUCCCUUCUACUGCGCCAUCUACGACUCCUACCUCGAUAUGCCUCUCUUCAUAGCUCGUGUUGUUGACCCUCGCUAA